AUGUCCACCUUACAAAGACGUCGUGGUGCUAAUAAAUCAUCAACACCAAAACCAAGAGAAUCUUCAGAUUCACCAUAUGAAAAUAACCAUAAUGGAAGUCAUUCUCCUAUAACCCCCAAUGAUGUUGAUCAUAAAAUUGGUUAUGAUGCUCGUGAUAUACAAGAUCGUCAAUCUUCAACAAUAAAGCCUCCACUUUUAACAUUGAUGGAAGAAGUAUUACUUAUUGGUCUUAAAGAUAAAGAAGGUUAUUUAUCAUUUUGGAAUGAUAAUAUUUCAUAUACUUUAAGAGGAUGUAUUUUAUUAGAAUUAGCAUUUCGUAAUAAAAUUACAUUAGUUAAUGAUCCUGCAAGACGUAGAUUUGAAUUAAGUGAUAGAUUAGUUGAAGUUAUAGAUGCCGAACCUACUGGAGAAGUCUUAUUAGAUGAAGCUUUAAAAAUUAUGAAGAGUGAUGAAUCAAAUUUAUCAGUUACAAAUUGGAUUGAUUUAUUAAGUGGUGAAACUUGGAAUUUAAUGAAAAUUAAUUAUCAAUUAAAACAAGUUAGAGAAAGAUUAGCUAAGGGGUUAGUUGAUAAAGGGAUCUUGAGAACUGAAAGGAAAAAUUUCUUCCUUUUUGAUAUGGCUACACAUCCAGUUGCUGAUAAAUUAUCAAAAGAAUAUAUCAAGAAUAGAAUCUUAACUUUAUUAAUUCAAAGAAAUGUCGAAUUGGAUAAUUUCGCCAAUGAUCAAUUCCCAAAAGAUACUACUUAUAGACAUUUAAGAUCAGUAGCAUUAGUAUGUGGAGCAUAUGCCGCUAAUGUAUUGGAAAAUGUAUUAUUAUCUUUAAAUUAUGAUAAAAGAGAUCAAGCUUUUACAAGAGCAGAUGAAUUAUUAAAUGAUUUUAGUGAAUUCCCAUUCAAUUUAAGUCAUCAAUCUCCUUUAGGUUUAGGAUUGAAUUUGGGACAAGAAAUUUCUUCAGAAAUUGAAAGUUCAAAUAUAAGUGAAUUACAAUUGGAAUUGGUCGCGGCGGUUUUGAGUGUAUUUGCAAGAAUGGAUUCUAUUUUGUAA